CCAAGAUAAUGGUAUUGCAGGGUGAGGAAAUACUGUGGGAGCUUUUAAUUGCAUCCUAGUGAGAGAGGCAUGGACUGACAACGUAUGUGUGUCUCCCAAUCAGUGUAAGUGCAAGUUUCUACUGAUAUUGUAAUAUUUGGCUUGAUAAGUAGUUUGGGGUUAUUAAGAAAUUCAUAUUACCUGAAAAGGUUCUCAGUCUACCCUUGUUCUGCUACUUAUUACUCAGUAUUAAUGGAGAUAGUUUAAUCUUAGCACUGUGACAACACUGGAAAAAGGAAUAUGACAGGGUUCAAAGCUCUCUGUCUGGGCCUGAUUUGUGUUCUCUUUGCCAUUCAUAUUCAUGUACCCAUACCAAGCAACAUUGAAGAACGCUGGAAAGUAAUGGCCUUGGAUGCAGUUGCUAGAAUGUGUACAUUUAUGGGUAUAUGUUUUGAAAAUAUAGGUAUUAUGACAUAUGAAGAGUUUAUUUCUAUGAUAUUCAGGCUGGAUUAUAUCCAACCACUCUCAGAUGAACACAUCACAGUGACGGAUACGGUGUUUGCUGAUGUUCCAGUACGUUUGUAUUUGCCAAAGAGAAAGUCAGAAACCCCAAGACGAGCUGUAAUCUAUAUUCAUGGUGGUGCUUACUGUUUUGGAAGUUUCAAGCAGACGGGUUUUGACUCCCUCAACAGAUGGACAGCCAACAAACUCGAUGCCGUUGUUGUAGCAGUGGACUAUAGACUAGCUCCCCAACACCGCUCUCCAGCUCAGUUUGAAGACAGCAUCGCUGUAGUCAAGUUUUUAUUUCAGGAUGAAAUUCUUACAAAAUAUGGAGUGGAUCCCACCCGAAUAUGUAUUUCAGGAGACAGUGCUGGAGGCAGGUUAGCCACAGCAGUGACGCAGCAGGUGCAGAAUGAUCUUGAAAUAAAACAUAAAAUCAAGGUACAAGCUUUACUUUAUCCUCACUUACAGAUAAUUGAUUCAUAUUUGCCAUCUCUCAGAGAAAGUGAAAACAGUAUAGUUGUGACACGGGAAUUAGCCAUAAAACUAUUGGGUUUAUAUCUCAGUGAGGAUAAAACAUUGCCCGAGGCAAUGAAAAGAAACCAAUAUAUGCCUCUGGAAUCAGGACAUUUGUUCAAGUUUGUUAACUGGAGCAUUCUCUUACCCAAGAAAUACAAGAAGGACCAUGUUUAUACAGAACCAAUUUUUGGAAGAACUAAUUAUUCGAUGCCAGCACUUAUGGAUGUCAGAGUAUCACCAUUGUUGGCCAGUGAUUCCCAGCUACAGAAUUUGCCAUUAACCUACAUUCUGACCUGUCAAUAUGAUAUUUUGAGAGAUGAAGGACUUAUGUAUGUGUCAAGACUUCAAAAUGUUGGAGUUCAAGUUGCUCAUGAACAUAUUGAGGAUGGAUUCCAUGGAGCCUUAUCAUUUAUGACACGACCUCUGUAUUUACAUCUAGGUCUCAGGAUAAGAGAUAUGUAUAUUAGUUGGCUGGAUAGUAAUUUAUAAGAUAUAUACAACCAUCACUUAGUUGGUUGUAAUUAGUGAUAUUUUGUAGUUGUAGUGCAAAGAACAAUGUCAUUUUUGUUGUCUAAAUCUAUAUUUGAAUCAGUUGUUAUAAUACUGCUUAUCCUUGAACUAGUAAAUUUUUUGACUCAAAAAAACCUGCAUAUGUCAAAUGUUUAUAAUCCUGUCUAUUUUGCAUUACUUAUAGUUAUUAUAAAUAUGUUUGUCUGAAUAGAGACGAAUGUUUACUGGAAAGUUACAGAAGACAAUUCUAGGCAAGCACAGAAAUUGUAGUAAUAAAUGGGAAGAGAAAAAUAAGGGAAAAAAUGCAAAGUAAUUGUAUUAGUUUCCCAUGGCUGUUACUACAAACUUUGUGGCUUAAAACGACAAAAAUAUAUUCUCUUAGAUGUACUGGGUCUGACGUCCAAUAUUAGUAUCACUGGGCCAAAAUUAAGGCACUGGCAAGAGACAUGCUCACUCUGAAGGUUCUACAUGCUGCACCCUUUGCACUGUCAUUCAAAAAUACCCCCUUUUUAAUCCCCAUAUAAGGUAACAUUCAAAGGGAUCAGGCUUUAGGUAUUUUGAGGAGGCUUUUUUUAAACAUUUCAGUCAAAUUUUAUUUUUUAAAAAGCAACACAUCAAUGUUAUAAUUCAACUUAUCUAAAUAUGCAUUUGGCAAUGUGGUACAUAGUGAAAAAAAUUCUGCAAACACCCUCAAACAUAUCAUCUCAAAAUACCCAGUAAGUAAAUCACGUCUGCAAGCCUUUUGUUAACUGGACUCAUAUAACUAAAAUUGAAUAUUUAUUGGUGUGAAAAAUAUGUGUAACACAGUAGUAUGAAUCUUGGGUAUUGAGCAUAAUUGAUUGAAACAAGCUAAGAAGUUAAAAAUAAAAAGGUGGAAAAAGCGAGUGUGUGGGGGAGUGUG